CAAUCUUUCCCUUCGCAUAGUCCUACUUACCAUUCCGAACGCUCAUUUUUGCAAACAUGGUCGGCAUAUUGAGGCGGAUGACCAAGCUUCGCGCUAAGCUGCUUGCUAUCAAGUUAGGGCCAGGGGCUGCCGUUUUACCUAAAACUGUCACCAAGCUGCACAUGGAAUUUGCGAAGAGGAUGAACGAUGGACAUUACGGACCAAGGAAAUUUUGGCAUUCAUGCCUACCACGCCUAAAGUACCACAACCCUACAGUAUCUAUGACUUUGGAGAGAACUACAAACCAAGAAGGCCCGGCACUUAUGACGGUUUACUUCGAUGACGCUACACAACCCGAAACCCCUGUGGCUGGUACCCAAACCGAACCUACAACCUCAAGUCAACAGCGCGUGGUGACUAUCAAUAUGAAGCACAGGCACGAGUCUGAGAUACUGUCACAAUUACUCGCCUUGACAAAUGCCGUUCCCGUGGAGCCUACUCCCGAAGAGGUGGAACAACUUCAACAGCUCGCAGCCCAGCAAGAAGUGAGCGAGAGAGACUCUGCAAGGCAUGCCAUUUUUAACGCGGAGAAGAAGCGGGAAAAGGCUAUCCUAGCACAGGCCCGAACAGCAGCUUGAUGAUAUCCUGUAAAAUACUGGCAUGGGAGUAGGGGUGUAAGACCAGAUUUGGCGUUUAGUGUACGUUAGUAUUACCAGACCAUAUGGCUGGGCAGCAUGCUAUGGAGUCCUUUUACUUUGUGGUCAUGGCCGUGGGGCUCAAGCAAUGUAUUUAUGUAUAAUAUGUAUAUCUGAUCUGAAUUAACUUGCCU